AUGGAUAAGCCUCCAAGGACUACAAAUACCCAGGUUAGAGAAUGGAAUGAAGCUAUUAAAGAUUGGACCGACCAAAGCACGCCUUCGGACGGUUAUCCUCCACAACAUCCAGCGUUUCUUUGGAAAGUUUGUUGGGAGCAGCUGAACACCAUCAAAAUCCCUCUCUAUUCAGCUGAACUCUUUUUUGAUAAAGCCUUAAAAAUUGCUAAAGAUGAAGAUGUUACAAACAGUGAAGAAUUUAUGCGGCGCUUCAAAGAACUCGUCGAGCGGGACCAGGAUCGGUGGGAAGACUCAUUUGAGACAAUUUUAACUUGUCUGGGUCGCCAAAUUUUUUACCGUGACCUGGAAACCCGUUAUGUGCCUCCUCAAGAGGCAUGGAAAUCGGUUCAUAACGUUUGUGACGAUCGUUCUUAUUGGAACUUCUUGCAGCUUUUAAGAGGCGUCACGGUUGGCUGGCGAUCGGAUUCAACAUUUCAAAGCGAGGGCUCUAAUACAUUAAAUCAACAGCCUUACUAUUCACUCGCGCAAAACCUUCACAGCUAUAGUAUAGACGAGUACCACCCAUACAAUCCAGUCAAGCAAAAGCUUUACAGCUGUGGUCCAUACAAGAACGAUUUAUACAAUGGUUAUAAUGGACAUGAUUAUGGCUGUGAUAUGCCCCCACCCGGGGUAGCCAUGCUAAUAGGGGAACGAUACCAAAGAAAACGGAAGAGGGUUAGACACGACUACAAUGGCCACGGCUUCUACAUGUUGCCUGAUGGGAGCACAUACAACAAAUACCACUCCGUCGAGCUUGACUUUGAUACACACUCAGACGGGGAACCCACACAACUAGGGGAACGAUCUCAAAGCAAACGGGAGAAGAAGGUUGGCUUCGAUGGUAUUCCCGAUGACGAUAACAAACAGAGAUCCAAACGUCAGAAGCUUGAGCGUUCUACCGCAGAUUCCUCUUCAUCUGAACACGUUCAAGGAGAAACGGCAGCUGGGACGUCUGAUAAUCAGAUGUCAGAGAGUCAUACCACAGAUCCUCCAUUAUCUCAUGCUUCGUCUUCCUUUACUCAACCCAUCAAAGAAGAAAGGCCAGCUAAGAGAUCCAAGCGCCAGGGGCAGGAGGUUCCUACUUCAGACUCUCCAUCUUCUCUCACCGCUUUUUUUUCUUCUGAGAACACUGAAGAAAGGCCAGCUAAGAGGGUUAGACGCCAAAUGCCAGAGAAUGAUACCGCAGGAUCUUCAUUACCUCAUGCUUCGUCUUCCCACACCGAACGUGUCGAAGAGGAAAGGCCAGCCAAGAGGAUCAAACGCGAAAUGCCAGAGAAUGAUAAUGCAGGUUCUUUAUUGCCUCAUGCUUCAUCUUCUCGUACUGAACGCGUUGAAGAGGAAAUUUUAGCUGGGAGACUUGAGCGCCAAGGACGAGAAUUUGCCACUGCAGGUUCUUCGUUAUAUCCUAUCCCAUCUCCUAAUAGGAGCGCUCGGGGGGCAACCAAGAGACUGAGGCGCCAAAAGCGAGAGCCUGCCACUGCAGAUUCUUCGCCAUCUGCUGUCCCACCUCCUACUAGGAGCGCUCGGGGGGCAGCCAAGAGAUUGAGACGCCGAGUGUCACAGAGUCGUACUACAGAUUCCCCAAAUACCAGAACUUCACGGAGUAAUAGGGGGACUGCUUUGUGGCAGUUGGACCGUGAUGGGGAACCAGUAGAGGUUUAA